AUGGUAAAAGUACAGAAACCUGCUCCAAAAUCCUUUAAGGAUACUGCUAAUAAACCCAAUAAAGCGAAGGGUGUCAAAAAGGAAAAACCAGCCAAGGUAGAAAAGGCUUUACCGGCAACAAAUGUUGAAGCAAAGAAGGCCAAGAAGAAGUUGGUCGAAAAGGUUGUCCAAGAAGUCAAGGAGUUGGAAAAGCAAGUAAAACCCAUUAAAAAUGUUGAAAAGAAGAACAACAAGGAAGGAAAGAAAAAUGAGAAACAAGUAGAAGCCACUAAAAAUGUGGCACCACCUGCAAAGAAAAAUGCCAAAGCUCAACCAGAGGCGGCUAAACAAGCACCAGCCGCAAAGAAACAGCAAGUUGCUGAGACAACAAAACAAGCCCAAAAGAAAAAACCUGCUGCGGAGGAGAAACAACAACCUUUGGUGAAAAAACAAAAGCAAGAACCACAAGAAACACAGCAAAAUAAAAAGCAAAAGAAGAACAACGAACCACAACAGCAACAAGUCAAGGAGCAAAAGAAACCAGCUGUAGCCCAGAAGCAGGGCAAAAAUCCAAAGAAAGUUGUUGCUGUAACCAAGAAAGUAAAUGCGUCACAAGGCAAGGCCCCAAAGAAGGGCAACAAAACCAAACCCCAACUGGACAAAAAACAAAAGAAAAAUAAGAAGAAGAAGCAGGAUAAAUUGGAAUCCUUGGAACCAGUUCCCGUCGAUGAGGAACAAUUCAAUAAGGCUGUUAAUUUAGAUAAUGUCAAGAAAAUUGCCAAGGCUCUUAAAACCAUGGUAGAAAAGGAAGUCAGCGAAAAGAAGAAUGCCUCUAUUUUCAGCGAUUACAGAUAUUUCUUAAAUGUUAGCAGCUAUAAAAUCGCUAAUUGUCCAAAACGCAUGGUCAAAUUGAACCUCAAGCACUCCCUGGUCAAUCCUGAAAACGACGAUGUUGUCGUUAUUGUACCCGAUUUACAACGUGGUGCCAAGGUUGAUUAUGAACCCACCAUCCAACACUAUGAAGAUCUGUUCCGUGAGGCGGGUGUUACAAAUCUUAAAAUUGUGCCCUUUAAUCAAUUGCGCAAGGAAUGCACCACCUUCGAGGCCAAACGUAAAUUUGCCAAUACCUAUGAUUAUUUCCUAUGUGAUGGUCGCAUCCAAGGUCACGUGGUUGGUUUCUGCGGUAAUCCUUUCCAAAAACCACGCACCACUUUCCAUGCUGUACGCCUCAAUGAUCCCAAAAAAAUCAAACAAGAAGUUGAACGUUCCCUAAAACGUACCGGCUAUAGACAGCUGACCAAGGGUGAUUUGAUUUCCAUUCCCGUGGGUAAUCACCAUUAUAGUGUCAAUGAAUUGUCGGAAAAUAUUAUGCAUGUUGUUGAACAAUUGAAGACCAUCUACCCUGGUGGUUGGGGCAACAUUAGACAUAUGAAUUUGAAAAUUGAUAUCAAGGGAACAUCAUCGAUGCCCAUUUAUGCCAAUUUGGCUGGUCCGCCAGCCGAGACACCCAAUGUUAUUGGACCACGUGAACAGCGUAUGCUUAAAUUGAAAAAGGAGGCCAAUGAAGUUUUGGAACAAUUUAAUCUGAGCAAGACUGGUGAAUUUGUGAAAUUGGAUAAGGAACAAGUUCAGCGUAAGCGACAAAUGAAGGAGGCACGUAAAGCAUUGUUGGUGGAGGGUGAUGAUGAUGAGGAGGACGAGGAAGAAGAGACUCCAGCUAAAAAGGCAAAACAAGAUAAAACUGCCAAGAAGGUUACAAAAAAAGACGAAGUAGCUGAUGAGGAGGAGGAUGAUGAUGAUGAGGAAGAAGAAGAUGAUGAAGAGGCUGAGGAUGAUGAUGAAGAAGAAGCUGAAGAUGAUGACGAAGAAGAGGAUGAUGAUGAAGAGGACGACGACGAAGAAGAGGAUAAUGAGGACGAUGAUGACGAAUAA